AUGUCGAUGAAAGACAAGAAAGUCAAAAGUGUUGUAGAAUCAGAUGACGAAAAUGAACAAGGAGCAUGUGGUGUUAGUAACGAUCCCAGACGGUUCUCCUUGGCUGUACCCGAACCGAGUUCUGGUAGUCUACUAGACGAUAGUGUGGACAAUCUCAGUAUGGAGGUACAUUUAGGAGGGGAUAAUUCCCGUCACCCAAGUGAAAUAAGCUCUGUGUCCUAUCAGAAUCUUUUGGACGAUGGGGAACCAUCUGGGAGUAUUAUUUCUCGCCGAGGUAGUGAUGAUAGUUUGGAUUCGUAUCCUCCAGAUUUUCCUGAUGCUGAACUUCCACCAGACGACCUGGAGACAUUUGAAGCAAGUGAUCUUCCUUUGUCAGAACACUUUCCUAUGGGAGCCAUACAAGGAGACGACCAUAGAGAAAAGUCUCGAGGAGACAGAAGCAUUUAUGUUUCAGAUAGCUCCUCAAAUACAUCUCAUCCAAAUGUCAGAUUGAAAGACCAGUCAGCCUCAGAGUCUUUAGAGAAUAUGAAAAGGCAGGAAAAGAAUGCAAGUGAGCCAGGCAUAGAUUCAGAGGUGGGCAGUGCAAAACGAAGCAGUUUUGAAAUCAGAAACAACAUUCCUCUGGUUGGUGAAGUGAAAGACUAUGAGAAGGAACUUAAUGUUGAUUUCAGUAGAGUCCAGGGACACAGAUCAACAGUGAUUGGUCUGAAGCAGUCUCCUGGUGCAGCCAGACGAGUGGAAAUUGAUAGUCAAGUGGACAGAGACGCCUCAGGAAUUGAAAUUGCUAGUAAGCAGUGUGAAAUUAUUUCUUCUCUUGCCACUCAACAACAUCCUGGCAAGCUGAGACCCAAGAAGGUUUCCAGUAGAACAAAAGAGAAUGUCAUCGAGGUUAUAACUCCCAUUCCCAGAAAUAUGAACAUUGAGAACGAGUAUGACUACGUCAAGUAUGCUCGUGUUCAACAGGGUAACUCAUACGUCGGUAUGCGGUUAGCUUAUUCUAGUUCUAGUGAUUCUUUGAGCAUAAAGCAAGGUGUCUACUCGGAAGACAACUCAAGGGAGCCAUCUCCAGAGAAGAAUUUACAGCAGAAGAUUCAUUCAGAUGACGGGAGUCAAGAAAAGGUGUGUGAGGAAUCAUUAAUGGAGAUCCCACUUAAUAGCAGUGACUAUCCCGAAGACAAGAAGGCGUUCACUCUGUCUCCAGAAAACACGGAGUGUGACAGUGUUGAAGUUGAAAGUGUAACAUCUGAGGGUGAUAAUUCAACACCCGGGUUUCCUACGUUAGAGGAUGGAUUAUCCAGCAGUCAAGCCAGCGAUAUUGAUGAAGCGGUGGCAGGAGCUUGCAGUGAUAAUUCCCCUUCAAAAUUGGCUAAAUCUAAACAGAAAGCAGCUGGUGAUUCAGAUGCAUCAAAAAAAGAUGAGGACUGCAGACCAAAAGAAAUGGAUGCUCAAGCUAUAAUGCAUGAUUUGAAAAUGAAACGCGAAGCCUUAGACAUGGCCAUUGCUGACAUAAAAUCUGCAAUACAACGUAGUAAGAGCAUGUCAUUGGAAAGUUCCUACUCCAGCCAGGCAGAACCAGAGGCCAGUCAGCCGGUGUGGGUCAAAAGAGUGAACAAAGAGACCACAGCAAACCAGGCUAAACACAGGCAAGAAGAAAUGCGUAGAGUGCGUGAAGAAAUUGAACGACAGCAAGAAGAACUGUCCACCUCCCAAGGGAAACCUCACCCAGAGAAAG